AUGGUUUCCAAGAUACAUAGCCAGAGCACGAAACCACGAGAAAUGGAAAAAUAUACGACACCUUUUCCCUCGUAUACGCAGGAAGGUACCUCAGUCAGCCAUCUACACAUCACCCCUCCCCAAGGAAAACGUCCCGGGAGCUGUAAGCUACUUGCUUCAACUAUUGCUGGAUGCUGCGUAGCUCUGCUUUGGGUCUUUGGCGGCUGCUACACUUUUGGAAAUUCAAAAGGAAUAGCCCCGUCGCCAUUUGCAAACUACAAUCUUGUCAAGAAUGCAGUUCAUGCAGUCAUUGCGGCGCCAAAUUCCGCGGUUCUGGAGUGCUUCCAGGUCUAUCCACCUGUGCUAUUUCCCUCCGGCGCGAUUAAUAGUACCGUCUCGAGCGAUGGAUUAAAAAGCACCCCAAUUAUAGCUACCGUCGACACGACAAGUAGCUGUCAAGUCCUCCUAAUGGAUCAAUCUUUUGGAUAUUCAUACGGCAUACCGUUUGUUGGUAAGUUGCCAAGUCUUAGAUUGAUUAGUACAAUACUAAAACUCAACCAGGAAACUACACACCUCCAGAUUGUACGUUUAAUCGUGUCGCCAUGAAUUUCUCUGUCAAAUCAUCUGGCCGACAAUACGAUAGACUUGCACUCAUGUAUUUCAAUGAUACUGAAGUUUGGAGGACAUCCACAGCGGAGCCUACUGUGAAUGGGAUCCAUUGGGAAUAUAUAAAGGACAUGACGGAAUACUUGUACUUUUGGAACUCGCCUCAAACUCUCAUUUUCGACCUUGGAAAUCUAAUUAAUGAUAUUUAUACUGGCCCAUUCAACACAACCUUGACCGCUACGUUUUACACAAGUGAAGAAACUGCCUCACCUGCAUCCUUGAUUGUGCCAAUAUCGACGAGAAAGGGCUCUACUAAUUCUGCGAGCCUGUUCACACUCCCUGGUGAGAAUGCUACAAACACGAUAAUUUUUCCCCGAAAUGCGAACCGAGCUGUCUUUUCCAUCUCAGCCUGCGGACAAUCAACCGAAGAAUUCUGGUGGGGAAACGUGCUGCAAUCGAACAUUAAUACUUUUGAGCCAUACGCUGGAACCUUAUACGGAUAUUCGACAUUCCGCGAAGUUCAAGUCUUGAUUGAUGGCCAACUUGCUGGAGUACAGUGGCCCUUUCCCGUCAUCUUUACGGGCGGGGUUGUUCCUGGGUUAUGGAGACCAAUUGUCGGUAUUGAUGCUUUUGAUCUGAGAGAGCACGAAAUUGAUAUUACUCCUUGGUUGCCAAUACUUUCAGAUGGACAACAGCACACCUUUGAGAUCAGGGUUGCUGGCAUAGAGGAUGACGGUAAAGAAGGUGGAGCGCUUACGGAAACUGUAGGCGCGUCUUGGUAUGUGACGGGAAAGAUAUUUCUCUGGCAGGAUUCAGAAUCAUCCAUCACUACAGGUCUAGCCCCUACAGUGUCUAUUCCUGCACCUUUGAUCAGCGUCUCUCAAAUAUUGACACAAAAUGCCACGGGGGCCAAUGAAACUCUCACUUAUACCACCGAUGUCAAACGCACAAUCUCCGUUUCCUCGCUUAUCAAGACAGAAACGGGUGGUGAGAGACAAGUCACCUGGACUCAAAACCUCACAUUCUCCAAUUACGGAAAAUACACCCUAUUUGGCGCAAUCCAAGUAAGCAAACAAUUCACCACGGGUACCGACGAAUCCACAGGCGGCGUAUACUACAAAUCCACCUACUGCUACCCCUUAUUUGCCAAUACAUCCUACCUCGUCCAACCAUCAGGAAAUUUCACCCUAGACGCCGUUCUCGACCUGGGCCUCAAACUUACAUACCAAGGAACACCGGUGUUCCCCACUGGCCUACAGCCCUUCCGUCAUAUUCGGCAAUCUAAGGAUCUCGUUCCUUCCUUUUCAGGGACUUCUCUAAAUACGCGCCAGAAUGGGACGGCUCAUUAUUUUGGGUCGCCGUCCGCGGGAACGAGUAGUGGGUUCGGAAGUACGGCGCAGGAGUUCAGAUUUAGUGGUUUGAGUACAGAGGAAAAGGAACUUUAUUAUCGCAGUGUUGAGGCGGUUAAUGCUACCAUUGUUCGGGAUGUGGAGAGUCUUGUGGGCAAGGAGGUUGGGAGGUAUUCUGUGCCGGCUGAGGCGGUUGGGAAAGGAGCAGUUACGGUGGGUGUUAUUAGUGCGAAGGAGGCUAUUGGGCGGGGACCGGGGAAGAUGAGGGAUGUUUUGGUGCAGAGCGGUAACUAGGUGGUGUUUGUUUUAUUGGGGAGCUAUUCUUCUUGUUGUUUUUGGGGGCACCGGACCGUGUACCCAUUUGUGACGGUUGUCUCGAGGCACUUUACUUUAGGAAACAACCCAACGUUUUAAGAUAACAAAAAUUCCAUCAAGUUGGUUGUUUAAAUCUUCAACAAUAAUUUGAUAUGCUGUACUCGUAUCCUUUGAGCUUACGCGAGAUAACCG